AUGGGGCUUCUUAACAACCCGCUGCCAUCGUCGAUGCGCUCCGAAUGCAAGAAAUGUGGCGGUAUUCUUGCCUCGUUCGUCGACCCUAAACAAUCUUUUGGACCCGACAAGAUUAUUCCCCCCCAGAUUCUCGCCAACGCCAAAGGCCUCGCCAUCAUCACAGUGUUCAAAGCUGGCUUCCUCGGCUCUGGUCGGUUUGGCUCUGGUGUUGUAGUAGCCCGUCUCAACGAUGGUUCGUGGAGUGCACCCUCUGCUAUUGGGACUGUCGGCGGCGGAUUUGGUGGCCAAAUCGGCUUUGAGCUGACGGACUUUGUCUUCAUUCUGAACGAUGCUUCUGCGGUCAAGACGUUCUCACAAGUGGGAAGUUUGACACUGGGUGGRAACGUCAGUAUUGCUGCAGGACCGGUCGGUAGGAAUGCCGAGGCAGCAGGUGCUGCCAGUUUGAAGAGCGUGAGUGGGAUUUUUGCGUACAGCAAGACGAAGGGGCUGUUCGCUGGAGUGAGUCUGGAGGGCAGUGUCUUGAUCGAAAGAAGGGACGCCAACGAGAAGAUGUAUGGCCGGAAACUGACUGCGAGGGAGCUUUUGGGUGGUAAUGUCCCCGUGCCACCUCAGGCAGAGCCGCUUAUGAGAGUCUUGAACUCGCGAGUCUUCGCGGGUGUGGGAGGAACAUUCAGGGACGAUAACAUGUACAACGAUGUCCCAGUCUACGACGAUUCGCACGAGGAUGUGGUUUGGCAAGGCAAAACAGGCAGUGCAUAUGGCGAGGGUGUACAGACACAGCGGACAGGAGACAUGUACAAUGGAAACCAGGAGUGGGCAUCCCACGACAAGCCGUCGAGAUCGUCGACUUGGAACACCACCGGUGCAGGAAGAGCGAAUCCGACUGAGACGUUUGWUCGUCUGAGCAGAGGACGGGCAACUUCGAACGUUACGGGAGAUCAGUCGGAUUAUGUUUACAGCGAUCAUAAAGGACCAGCUCCCGGCCGCCCUUCGGCACCCAAGCCAGCUUUUGCCAACAAGCCUUCCUUUGGCGAUAGCAAGGGCUCUGCUGGCCCGGGACAGGCAGUCGCCAAAUUCACAUUCGAGGCCGACCAGCCUGGUGAUCUUGGCUUCAAGAAGGGCGAUGUUAUCACCAUCGUUAAGCGGACCGAAAACGAGGCAGACUGGUGGACUGGAAGAAUUGGUGGAAGGGAAGGCAUCUUCCCGAGUAACUACGUGGAAGUUGUAUGA